GUGUUUUCACCACAAAGCCCUAUAUAAUCAUUUUGAAGUUUGAACCUUGUUGUGUUGACCCACAAAAACACCUUGGUGUCAAAAUCCCCAAAUUCCCAAGUGUUGGUUUCCUUCUCAAUAAAACCCACUCAUUCAUUCAUACCUCUUUCACCCUCAUCGUUGCUCAUUCCUUCUAAUCCCUCUAUAAACAUUCACUCCAUCAGUUCUAUUCAUCUAUUAUGAUGGCCACAUACAAUCAAAUGUUCUCUCUCGUUUGUCUUUCCCUAUCAUUAUUUGCACUUCUCUCAGGACAAUUGGGGCUGCAGGCUGAGGCUCACCUCCACCGUGAUCACACACAAAAAUUGUUCGUUUUCGGGGACUCCUAUGUUGACACCGGCAACACGAGAAAAGGCGGAACUGGUUCAUGGAAAGACCCUUACGGCAUCACUUUCCCCGGAAAACCUGCCGGAAGAUUCUCCGACGGUAGAGUUCUAACAGACUAUAUCGCAAAGUAUUUGGGACUAAGAUCGCCACUCCCCUACAAGUUCAGGAAGGUGGUGCCACACUAUUUGAAGCAUGGAUUGAACUUUGCCUAUGGUGGCACAGGAGUAUUUGAUACAUCCUCUUCAAACCCAAAUAUGACUCUUCAGAUCAAUUUCUUCAAGAAGCUCAUUGAAGAAAAAGUGUAUUCUCACUCACAACUCCGCAAAUCUGUGGCUCUAGUCUCUGUCGCAGGAAAUGACUACAAUUUUUACUUAGCUACAAAUGGCUCUACUGAGGCUCUCCCAUCUUUCAUAGCCUCAGUGGUAAAUCAAACCAUCACCAAUUUGAUUCGCAUCCAAAAGUUAGGAGUGAAGAAAAUCGUUGUCAAUGGUCUGCAGCCUGUUGGUUGCCUUCCUGGAAUCACAGCCGUAAUCUCAUUCGAGCGCUGCAUUAGCACCGUUAACGACCUUGUCCUUCUCCACAACACCUUGUUGAACCAAUCUGUAACCAAGUUGAACCAAGAAACCAAACACCACUCCAAAUUUGUGAUUCUCAACCUUUAUGACAGUUUCUUAUCAGUGCUUAACAACACAUCAGAGGCUAACACUACAGAUCAGUUAAAGCCAUGUUGUGUUGGGGUUAGCAGUGAAUAUUUCUGCGGGAGUGUGGAUGAGAACAAUGUGAAGAAAUAUGUGGUUUGUGAAGAUCCUAAAUCAGCUUUCUUUUGGGAUCAGUUGCACCCAACACAAGCAGGUUGGGGUGCUGUGUUUAACAAGUUACAAAGGAAUGAUCUUCAUCAACUUAAAUACUAGAGAUUUUUGUGCAUUCUUCAAUAUGCUUGCAACUAGUACAGCCUUUUGUUUCUUGUUUAAUAAAGCACUCUUUAAUUGAGUUAUUUAUCCUUAAAUAUUACGUUCUUUUUUCCGGUUGCUUUCGUUUCA